CUACUACUACUACUACUACUCCUACAGGCAACAACACUCUCUCUGCAUAACCCAUUUUCACAGAGUAGGUGAAAAGCAAAAACCCCUCAUCAGCCCCAAAUUUCAACUACUAUUGCUUUUGUCAUUUCUUUCUCCACCUAAUCUAUACCCAAAAUUUUUUCAUUUUUUUUUUUUUUUUUACUUUCUCUUCUUCCUUCUGGGAAAAGCAAAACCAGUGAAAGAUAGAGAAUUUAUAAUAUUGUUAUAUAUAUAUAUAUAUAUAUACAAAAAAAAAAAAUUUGAAGUCAAGAGAGAAAGUUUUGUACCUGUUCAGUUUGGUUGUUGGUGAGUCUUUAUCAGGUAUCGAAAUCGCAAACCCUAGAAAAAUAAAAAGUUUAACUUACUUGCUCGCUCGCUCGCUUUCGCUUCAGAUCGCGGCGAUUCUCUCACUCGGCCGAUCUGACUCAAUGGGGUUGUUCGAUUGCUUCGAAUGCUGAGUGGAGAAUGUAGCUCCGGCGAUAAUCGGCGGCGAAAAUGUCGGCUCCUGUAGCGGCUUUCGAGCGGCCCCGCCCUGGGCUUAACACGGUUUUCAAGAGUGGCCCUCUUUUCAUAUCUUCAAAAGGAAUAGGCUGGAAAUCUUGGAAGAAGCGGUGGUUUAUCCUCACACGCACUUCCCUAGUUUUCUUCAAAAAUGAUCCUAGUGCACUUCCGCAAAGAGGUGGUGAAGUAAAUCUGACUUUGGGAGGCAUUGACUUAAACAAUUCUGGGAGUGUUGUGGUUAGGGAAGAUAAAAAAUUGUUGACUGUAUUGUUUCCAGAUGGGCGUGAUGGGCGAGCCUUUACUCUAAAGGCUGAGACAUCUGAGGAUUUGUACGAGUGGAAGACAGCCCUAGAGCACGCCCUUGCACAAGCACCAAGUGCUGCCCUUAUUGUAAAUGGGAUUUUUCGGGGUGACACUAAUGAUUCAAUUGAUGGGUCCUUCAAUCAAUGGAGGGAUAAGCGUCCGGUUAAAUCCUUGGUUGUUGGAAGACCAAUUUUGCUUGCACUAGAAGAUAUUGAUGGAGGUCCAUCCUUUCUUGAAAAAGCUCUUCGUUUUCUUGAGAAGUACGGAACUAAUGUUGAAGGUAUUUUACGACAGUCUGCAGAUGUUGAGGAGGUAGACCACAGGGUUCAAGAGUAUGAACAAGGUAAGACUGAAUUUGCUCCUGAUGAGGAUGCUCAUGUUGUUGGAGACUGCGUUAAGCAUAUCCUUAGGGAGUUACCCUCUUCUCCAGUUCCAGCAUCGUGCUGCACUGCAUUGCUGGAUGCUUACAAAAUUGAUCGGAAAGAAGUUCGGAUAAAUGCAAUGCGCGCAGCAAUAUUGGAGUCAUUUCCUGAACCAAAUCGGCGCUUAUUACAGAGAAUUCUGAAGAUGAUGCAUACUAUCUCUUGUCAUGCUCAUGAGAACCGGAUGACUCCAUCAGCUGUUGCUGCUUGCAUGGCGCCUUUGCUUCUACGCCCUCUAUUAGCUGGCGAGUGUGAGUUGGAGGAUGACUUUGAUAUUAAUGGUGAUAGUUCAGCCCAACUUCUUGCUGCUGCAAAUGCUGCUAAUAAUGCUCAAGCAAUUAUUACAACUCUCUUGGAGGAGUAUGAUAAUAUUUUUGAUGAAGAAAAUCUUAACAGAUGCUCCAUUUCAGCUGAUUCUCGGAUUGAAAACAGUGGGACCGAAGAUUCAACUGAUGAUGAAAAUCUAGAUAUGAAAGACAAUGGAUACCAUGAUGCAGAAAAUGAAGUUGAUCCAGAAACAGAUGAUGAUCCGGAACGUGUGCACAGUGGAAAGUUGAGUGAAAGUAGUGGUUCUGCUGGGAGUGAUCUUUAUGAUUAUAAGGCCUUUGGGGGUGAUGAUUCAGAUGUUGGAUCCCCUAGUAAAAAGAAUCAUGCUUUGGCUGAGAGUUCAAAUUUAUGUGUUGAUCAUCAACAGAUAAGGGAUCCUAAUGGUCAACUGUCCGAGGAACAAGGCAAGCAGAAGAAUGUAAGUGAUAACUCCAUUAAUGAAAUCAACACUCCAAGUGUCUCACCUGCUGGUGAGUCUUACCGAUCAAUGGGGGAGAUCCUGUCCUCAAUGGAUACAGCACAUCCUUUGCCCAUGCCUGCUUUUGAAUCAGGUGCUGGAAAGCCAGUGGGUAAAGUUACAGGGUCCAAUGUUAAUGCAAAGCGAGCAACAUUCUGGGGACGGAACAAUGCCAGAAAGACACCCUCAAUGGAAUCAGUUGAUUCUUCUGGAGAAGAAGAGCUUACUAUUCAGAGGCUUGAGAUUGCCAAAAAUGACUUGCAACACAGAAUUGCAAAGGAGGCUAGAGGAAACGCAAUUUUACAAGCAAGCUUGGAGAGAAGAAAGCAGGCUUUGCAUGAGCGGCGCCUGGCACUUGAACAAGAUGUUUCAAGAUUGCAAGAGCAGUUGCAAGCUGAAAGAGACCUUAGAGCUGCACUUGAAGUCGGUUUGAGCAUGUCUUCUGGACAAUUUUCCAGUUCACGUGGCAUGGAUUCUAAGGUUUGUAUAGAUCUUAAGACAAGGGCUGAGCUAGAGGAGAUUGCACUUGCUGAAGCAGAUGUGGCCAGGUUGAAGCAGAAAGUUGCAGAACUCCACCAUCAACUUAAUCAACAGAGACAGCAUCACUAUGGUUCCCUCUCUGAUGCAUGUGACCGUUAUCAAAAUGUCCAAAACCAUAAUUCUCAACAGAGAUUUCUUCAGCAAGAUUUUGAUACAACCCUUGCUUAUUGUAAUCAAGAAAGGAAACAGAGGACCGAGGGUGUAAGAAAGGGGAUGGGGGAAUCCCUGCUUGGUGGAUCUAGAUGCCAUCCUGCUUCACAUGAGUGGACAAUGAACUUUAGCUUGGUUAACAAAUGAUAUCGCUGUUCUCAUCUGAGACCAGUAAUUUAUGAAGCUUAAGAGGCUAGCAAUGAGCUAAGUUACACCAACACGAACAUGGGUACGGAUACGACACAGGUACGGAUACAUGGGUACGACAAUUUUUGAAAAAUAAGGGGAUGACACGGCGUGGGUACGGCAAUUAAAUAAUUAAUUAAAUUUUAUAUUUAGGCAUAUUUUUAAAUAUUUUUAGACAUAAAAUACUUUUAUGUCUAGAAUUAAAAAAAUAUAAUAUUUACAAUAAACAACAAGUGAAGGAAUGAAUGAAUUAAAGCCAAAAAGAAGAAGUGAAGGAAUAAAAGAAAAAGGAAAAAAAGAAAAAGAAAGAUAGACACGUGAUGACUCUAAAAUAGCAAAAGAUAUACAGUAAGUCCAUUAAAUGGCCUAUAUAGUUAGAUAAGAACAUUUGAAAGACACAAAGCUGAAAGCACACAGUUGUAGACUUGUAGUGCAUUAGCAAUGAAGAAACCAAAGACGCAGGAAAAAAGGAGAAGGAGAAUAAAGAAGAUGUAGCAGCAGCUACAAUGGAGAGGAAUGGGAUCUAAAUUAGAAAAGGGUUUAGAAGGAGAAAAAAAUGAAAGAUUUGGAGCACAAAUCUCAGUCAUUAGGCACCAAGUCAGUGAGUCACAGACCCAUUAUUCUCAUCUUCUUCUUCCUUUUCUUUUUCUUUUUUCUUCUUGUUUGUACCGGUCCAAAAUCUCCUUACCGUGUCGAGGAAGCGAAAAAAAGAAAAAGAAAAAAAACACCGAUCGGACACCGGAGUCCGGCAAGUCUUACCAGUAUUGGUUCCGACAUGUGUCGGACACCGGUACUUCGCCAAAAAUGGCAUGUCGGUGCAACCUAGGCAAUGAGUACUGUCGGACACCGAUACUUUGCCAGAAAUGGCGUGUCGGUGCAACCUAGGCAAUGAGUACCUGAGCAUUAACUAGAAUUAGCUACUAUAGUUGGCUUGGCAAACAUCUGGGCCAAGGCUGCUUAUCUUUCCUUCAUUUAUGACAUUUAGUUCUUUACGAAUUGCUUAAUCCUUAACUUCUCUCUCCAUAGGGGAGGUUGAUGAUGUGCAUACCCUGGCUGAAAUUUUGGGCUUCAGAGUUGGAGAGUUGCCUAUGUCUUAUCUUGGUAUGCCGUUGGGGGCUUCACAUAACUCCCCUUCAAUUUGGAAUCCUAUUUUGGAAAAAUUUGAGCGGAAACUAGCUGGGUGAAAGAAGUUGUAUUUGUCUAAGGAGGGUCGAUUGAUGUUACUCAAGAGUAUGCUAUCUAGUCUUCCUAUCUAUUUUCUAUCGUUAUUCACAAUCCCUACUCAUGUGGCCAAUAAAAUUGAAAAGUUGCAAAGGGACUUUCUAUGGGGUGAUAGUAAGACUCAUCUGAUAGGAUGGGAUAAAGUUUGUGCGCCUAUAGCCAAUGGUGGCUUGGGGAUAAGGAAACUUACUACUUUCAAUAAGGCCUUAUUGGGGAAAUUGUUAUGGCGGUUUGGGAAGGAAGAGGAUCGGUUAUGGAGGACGGUGGUAGCUUCAAAAUAUGGGGAAGAAUGGGGGGAAUGGACCUCAAAGUUGGGUAGGGGAGUUCAUGGGUGUGGUUUGUGGAGAAGUAUUCGUAUGGGAUGGGAGGAUUUUAGCAAAAAUUGUCAGUUUGUUGUUGGGUUGGGGAAUAGAGUGAGGUUUUGGCAGGAUGGGUGGCAUGGGGAUCAUCCUUUUCAUUUGGCUUUCCCAAGGUUGUAUAGUAUUGCCAUUGAUAAGGAGGUUUCUGUAGAAGCUUCUUUGUCAAGGCAGGGGGUGGAGGAUAGAAGAAUUUGAGAUGUUCGUUUUAUUCGAGAAUUUAAUGAUUGGGAGAUGGAUGAAGGGCUGCAUUUUCUUCAUAUAUUGGGAGCUAAUACUCCUCCAAUGGAUGUGGGAGACCGGAUGAGAUGGAAGUUGAAGUCUAAUGGGGAUUUUGACAUCCGGUCAUAUUAUAACAAAUUAAGGAACUCUCCCUCAAUUGUCUUUCCUUGGAAAGCUAUUUGGAAAGCAAAGGCCCCUAGGCGAGUUUCCUUUUUUGUUUGGUGUGUAGCUUGGAAUAAGAUCCUAAUGGGUGAUAACCUGAAAUUGAGGAGAUUGGUUUUUGUGGACUGGUGUAUUAUGUGCCAACAUUGUGGAGAGACGGUAGACCACUUAUUUCUUCAUUGUGAGAUGGCUUAUUGGUUAUGGAGUUUUGUUUUUAUAACUUUUGGCUUGUCUUGGGUUAUACCUAGAUUGAUCCCAGAUUUGCUUUUUGGUUGGUGAAUUGGUUGGGGAAGCACUCAUCUCAGAUUUGGAAUUUAGUUCCGUUGUGCAUCUUUUGGUGUAUUUGGAAGGAACGGAAUCGGCGGACUUUUGAGGAUUUGGAUAGUUCCGGUGUUCAGAUGCUUGCUUCUUUUAGUGGAACUCUUUUUGAUUGGUCUCGGGCUUGGGGACUCACAACUAGUGAUUCUCUCCCUUCUUUCCUUAGCUCUCUUUCUCUUUGUAAUUAAUGUGUAGUUUGGUUUUCUUUUUUGUUUUUUCUCUGUUUUCUUCUUCUUGUAUUUUCUGGGUUUGCUCUUUGCUUCUUCAUGCAUAGAGUAGCCUUUCGUAUAUAUAUCAUUCUUACUUAUCAAAAAAAAAAACUUCUCUCUCCAUAGAUAUUGGGGGAUGAAUGAUGCAGGGCAAAA